AUGAGCAGGGCUGAAAUUGAUGUCCCCAUCAAGAAAGUCUCGAUAGAUGGCCAAGUAAUCUUACAAAUUAUCAGACACUGCCAGAGUGAGCGAGAUAGCACUGAUUUGGCACAAGGUGUCUUGCUUGGCAUGCUGGUCGAUAAUUGUACAGAAGUCACCUACUGUUUUCCAUUCCCGGAAUUUACCGAAGCAGAUACUGAUAACGACAUUGAAAUGUAUCAACUGGAUAUGAUGAAGUAUUUACGAUCUAUAAAUAUGGAUCACAUGCAAGUCGGAUGGUACAGAGCUAGUCCUUUCGAUUUAAAUGUCAUCAAAGACAUGUUGGACUCCCAAUAUACGUACCAAAAACAAAUCCAUGAAUCUGUUGGUCUACUAUUCGAUCCAAUUAAAGCAGCUCAAGGUAACUUAUCCAUGAAAGCUUAUAGAUUAUCUUCCAAAGUCAUGGAAAUGUACGGUCAAGGAAGUACCGAAUUUACCGUAAACAGUAUAUUAGCAGCUGGGCUGAGUUACGAAAAUAUAUUUGAGGAAAUUCCUGUAGAAAUUCGAAACUCUAGCUUGUGCAACGUGUAUUUGGCGCAACUAAAACUGAAUCACUCGUCAGCACCCACAAGCUACUUGACUCUAGGAACAGACUCACAUUUGGAAAAGUCCCUACGAUUGCUUUCGGAAAGCCUAGACGAAUUACAUCAAGAAGCUGGAAAAUUAUCAGUAUACCAUAAGACACUAAGGAUGCACCAUCAAAAGCAGCAGUCUUUACUGAAAAAGCGAGGAGAUAAUGCAAAGGCACGUGAUGAUGACGACUCAAAACAGAAUCGACCCCCUCCAGCUCCUUAUCGACUAGAUAAUCUUUUGGUUGCCAACCAAACGAAUAAAUUUUGCCAAGAAUUGAAUCAGUAUGUUUCACAGAGCUUCAGCAAACUAUUUCUAGCAGAAGCUCUUGAAAAUAAUGAAAGUUAGGCUAAAAAACGUCCUUCAACAUAAUACCACACUAUGUGUUAUAUAUAUAUAUAUAUACUAUCGUAGUUGUUUAUCAAUAAAAAC